GGCGCUCGGCAUGCGUGAUUUUCAGCAUUAGAGAGCACUGCUUCUGGAGAGCGCUCGCUUUGUGAAGGUGGAUUUACAAAGUGACCAGAAACUGACCGCCUUUGUCUAGCUGUUUUUUUUUUUUUCUAACUUGACGGAUUAUCACCAGAACCAUGAACGUGUCGCCACCAGACCGGAGGAAAAACGUGAGAGAGCUGGCUUUGGAGAUUGGCAUCCGAGUUCUGCUUUUCGGAGUUUUUGUAUUUACAGAAUUUCUGGAGCCCUUUGAGAGAGUGAUUCAACCAGAGGAGCUUUGGCUCUACAAGAAUCCUCUCGUUGAGUCAGACCACAUUCCCAAGAGGGUCAUGUUCGCUAUUUCAUUUCUUACCCCAUUGGCGGUGAUAUUUGUGGUGAAGAUAAUUCAGAGGACGGACAAGACGGAGAUGAAAGAGGCAUGUUUUGCUGUGUCCCUGGCCCUCGCAUUGAAUGGAGUCUUCACAAAUACUAUCAAAUUGAUUGUUGGCAGACCCAGGCCCGAUUAUUUCCACCGUUGUUUCCCUGAUGGACAGGUAAAUGCGAAGAUGCUGUGCACCGGGGAGCCAGAUAUAGUCUCCGAGGGACGCAAGAGCUUCCCUAGCAGCCAUUCCUCCUUUGCAUUCUCCGGACUCGGCUUUACCUCCUUCUACCUGGCGGGGAAGCUGCAGUGUUUUACGGAUAAAGGUCGGGGGCGUAGCUGGCGUCUCUGUGCCAUGGUGCUGCCUCUCUACAGCGCCAUGAUGAUUGCAUUAUCCCGGACCUGCGACUACAAACACCACUGGCAAGACGCUGUUGUUGGAGGAGUGAUCGGUUUGCUGUUUGCCUAUAUCUGCUACCGCCAGCACUACCCACCCUUUCUGCAUAUGGACUGCCACCUGCCUUAUGCCAGUCUGGCUGCUGUCGCCCACAUGCCCUCGCAUCCCCAGGACGACCCGCAGCCCACGGACAAUGCCACCAGCCUUCCCCUCGAAGGCUUGACUGAAGGGCCAGUAUGACUAGUGGCCACCACCGAGACGUCCCCAAACACCCUCACCAAGCCAGCGAGCCCACCUCCACAUUCCAAGUGACUGGCUGGCUCUUGUAUACAUUCCAGUGGACUUUAAACUACGCACCAAUCUACAUACCCAGUCUCGGUGACACCCACAUGUUUAUUUUUUUGGGUUAUAAACAGUCUAUAUUUAGAUGUGAUGUAUGAGAGGAGUUUAUGAAAAAUGGGACAUCACCUCUGAGAGGGAAGAGAGAAAAACAUGCUGAAAACCCGAGGAAUCACGUCCUACUAAUGGCUGUGAAGGAAGAUGAAAAUAUCUCCAGUUUUUCCGGAUUUUUUUGCUUAAUGAGAAAUGUGGUUGACAGGUUGUUUUAUGUCAGAGUACAUUUAAUGUUUUGCUGUGAAGUAUUGGGAAAAGCAAGUUGGAGAUACCCAGAAACAUCCCAUGAAAUGUCACAGCAAUCAGUCAUGAAAUCUAACCAAUUAAGAAGAGUAUAUUUCCCACUAAGCCAUGACUUAUAGAAUUGAAUAGCAUGAAAUCUGAUGACAUUGUGUUUCAGUCGUACUUUAAAAGCACAUAACGUCCUUUAAAACCCAAGGAUUUGGAUCACUGCUUUUUUAAAUUUCUGGUUGUCAAAUUUGACAUAAAGCUGUAUAUAGAACCAAUUUGCUUUUGCACAAAAUCACUGCUCCAUAUCAAGGACAGUAUUCAAUGUUCCCCAACUUUACUAUCCUACAUUCACCCAUUUUUUCUUAUUAUAUUUCUCCCCAUUCUCUUUGGGCUUAUAGGCUUCAGCAGUCCUGCAUAUUGCCCCUUCCCAAUUUCUCUCCUUCUACUUGUCACCCUCCAAUUUUAACAGGGAGGUGCUAAUGGCGGGGCUGGAGUGUGUCUGGAGUUAAGCGACAAAAACUUCAAUCUGAUCCUGCAUUAAUUCUCAUUAAGAGGGGUCAGCUACUGCUGCUUAUGCGCACAUUUGGUCUAUAUGAGUUGGCCAAUAGAUGACCCACACAUUUCAAAAGGCUUUCAGCCCACUGUAGCCCCACAAAUAAAUAAUCUAGCAUUCAGGAGAUGGCAGCUCUGAACCCGGGGCAGCGAUUGUGAUGUUUUAUUCAUUCGUAAAUGUUCCAUUAUUUAUUAAUAUUUCCGAGGCAUGUCCAAACAAACACCAAAGAUUUGUAGUUUUUUUCUUGCUUAGGUUGUAUGCACCCUGCUUUGUUAGACACAAUGAAACACUACACUGGUUCCCCUAUCAUCAACAGAGCAAUUUGUUGCCUCUUACCAGUUCUGUUAGAAAGGACAGAUCAUUUUGUUGCCCUGGUUACACUGUGAUUUUAGUCAUUGCUGUGACAUUAAUGGGAAGGUGCAAUCUCAGCUUACCUCGAAACCAACCAAGCUACUGAAAAGGCAAUGAUUAUAUGCAUUUGCACUGAAACAUGAAGGGUGAGGAAACACAUGAAAACAGCAUGAUACAAAAUGAACAGCUAGCCAAACGUAAAAGGUUGUUUUAUUAUUAUCUUGUCAUAUCAGUCAAGACACAUAUUUAUGUAGAAAGCAACACUUGAAAUGGCCACAAGCUGCUAUUUGCAUUAAUAGAAAAAGAAAGCUUCUUUGUUAUUUUAAACACCAUUUAUAGAAAUCAGCCACAAUCAAGCUUCUAUCAUUACGCCAACCCAUUGGCAGCUCUUUACAUCUGUGUGUGAAUGUGUGUGCAGGUUUUUGACAAAGCCUAUCCUGCACAGAUGCAAUACAAAACUUUUUGCAAGAGAGCAGAAAAAGGUGCUCGACUACUCAUAAGACUCUGUGACGAGACUUGAAGAGGCUCUGAGAGUUGCCUGGAGAGCAAUUUGUGACCUCCUUGCUGGUCUUUCAGCACUAGUCUGCAGACAUCUUGAAGCAGAUUUGGGGAUGAAAUGACACAGAUGCAUUAUGUUCUAUAGACCUGCAUUCGCCUGACUUGGCAGCCUGAUGUUUGUAUUUUGUCAUUUUAGUAUUUCCUAUUAGAUGGUGCAGUGUUUAUUGGAAACAUGUUGUUCAGAAUUCAUGUCUGUAGCAGUAUUUUUGCUUUAUCAGCAGAGGAUUAAUGUUUCCCACUUCCCACCUUUUAAUCAUCUUCCUUUAUUUUUUUUAUUUGGUGCUACAGAUACUUUUGUAGCAGUAGGCGUCACUUUUAUGUUAAAAUUGUUGUCAUUCUGAAAUGAAACCUCAAUAAUUGUCUACAGAGAAAAAAUAAAAUAUUAAAGUUAAUAUUCAUUUCUUUUCAAAUUGGAUGCACAACGAUAACCAGUGCAUGUUAUUCCGUAUCUUUUCUUUUCAUUCAUUUCACCUUCUAAUGGACUAAAGGAAUAAAAGUGAAAAAAUAAGAAUAAAGAGAUUAUAAUCAAUCAUAAUGAAUAGAUGUCUGAAGAAAAAAGAGUGUAAGACUUAAAAACUUUCUUGGCAUGCCAGUUUAAUUUGUGAGAAAAUACUUUCUAUGAAUAAGCAUGUCUGGCCUUGAGAACUCUUUGAGCUGUGUUAAACCGUUUAUAUAUUUUGUGUUAAAUAAAAGCAGCUGUGUGAAAUUUGUCCAAGAAGAAAACAGAUGAGCCUAAUGUAUCUUGUCAACUUGUGAUCGUUGGAGCCUACCUUUGUUGCCGUGAUGGGAACUCUUCACUUGAACACAUGUAAUUCAGAAACCAAUUUUGGAUGUUUAUAUGAAGAAUCUCCGCCCUGUUAUCAGAACAUGGUUCUCACUAAGUUAUAAUAUGCAAAUGAACAAUCGGACGUUAUGCAUCCACAGACGUUUGCUGUAUCCCAAGUUCAGUUCAAUGAAUUUAUGCUUCAACGGACCUGCUGUUGGAUUGCACUGUGCUACUGAGGCUGUUGGGUGUGUGUGUGAAUGUAACUCUGUGCUUAGUGUGUGUUGUGUUCUUCUGCAUCA